CUACUACAACCACACCUACUACAACCACAUCGACAACAACUACAACCUCACCGUCUAUAACUAUACCUACAACAACACCUACUAUAACCACACCUACAACAAAUACUACAACCACAUCUACUACAACCAUACCUACAACAACCAUAUUUAGUACAACUACGCCUUUUGCUAUCAAACCAACUACACUUGCUCCCGGUAGCUCUGUUAUUUCAGCAGAACAAAUAGUCAUUGCAAUCAAGUUGACGGUCGUUGUGGAGAUUGGGUUUAAAGAAGACCUGAAGGACAAAUCAUCUGCUCUUUAUCAAACGUAUAGCGAGUCAUUUCGUCACAUGAUUUAUACCAAGUACAAUGACACAGAUGGGUUUGAGAGUGUGACUAUCAUCGGAUUUACGAACGGUAGCGUUGAAUGUAACUAUAGACUAAGAUUUGCUGCCGGUAGGUCGAAAGACUCAAUCCUGCAGGCCGUCAAACAUAAUACAUGGGACAACGAGACAUUAAAACUGCAUGGUCAACCAGUCAGUGUAAAUUUGAACAAGACAAAGGAAAAACGGGAGUUCGAUUUAGAUAGAGCGGAAAACGCAAGUAUGUGUGAUUUACAAGAUAACUGCAAUGAAUACCAAAGUUGCGAAGAUGGUGAUAAAUUAAGUGGCCCUUUCAUCUGUAAUUCGAAAUGCACGUACGAUGUUUGUGGUGACUACGGAUAUUGCUUACUUCAUCCGUCAGGGAACACAAGGUGCAUAUGCCUCCCAGACACCGUAUUCGAGCAUUACAGUGAUAGCUGCUUAAAGUCAAGUGACCUCACAAACAUUCUGGCAGUUACCGCAGGGUUAGGAGGAGCAGUUAUCAUCGUCAUCGUAGUCGUCAUCGUAUAUGUAUGCAAGAAAAGAAGGACAACAAAGAAAACCCAUAGUAAUACAAGACAUAAUCGAGUUUAUGGCAGUGAAAUCAGUAUGCCAACAAGAAUGGAGAACUUGAGGGCCAAUAGGGCGUACAAUAUUGGAGAGAGAGCUGACCGGGGACCAACAAGACAUGAACACAUGAUGGGGAGUUCCGAAAAUGAACGCCCGGCAGCCUAUUAUAACGGCUGGGAAAGUAUCAGCGACCAACCAGCUGCACCGCCUCGGAUGUAUUUGCCUAUGGAAAUAUGGGACUCGCCACGUGACUACCACACCUCAGCGGUGCAUGAGCAAAGAAGACCCCAGUACGUUGAGCCCGGUGAUGCAUACAGGUUAUUAGACACAGAAAAUCAGCUUUAUAUCCGACGCCCAAGAUUGUCAACACGACACAGCGACAUGUUUGGGUACCGGGAACGCUUCGUUUAAGAUUUGUUAUGUUUGGGUGACAUUUAUACGCAUAUUUAUUAACCUGCAACAUUAUUGAUGGAUUCUCAUAGAAAAGUUUGUUCAUGAUUUUCUGUGGUCAGGCGUAGAAACAUUUUAGAAACACUAUCAUUAACCGGUUAGCUAUUUAGCUAAUUAGUUGUCAAUAAAGCUCAUUAAUUUUGUCUGUGAUAUAAAAACGAUGGACUAAAGACGAGGACAACACUUGUGUGACUUCGGUCAGCUUACUAAUUGAAGUUCCACUGCAGCACUCGUUGUAUGGAAUAUAUGUGAAAAGCACUGCAGCACUACAAUGUAUAGAAUAUAUGUGAACGGCAUUGAAGCACUGCAAUGUAUGGAAUAAAUGUGAACGGCACUGAAGCACUGCAAUGUAUGGAAUAUAUGUGAACGGCACUGCAGCACUGCAAAAUAUGGAAUAUAUGUGAAAGGCACUGAAGCACUGCAAUGUAUGGAAUAAAUGUGAACGGCACUGAAGCACUGCAAUGUAUGGAAUAUAUGUGAACGGCACUGCAGCACUGCAAAAUAUGGAAUAUAUGUGAAAGGCACUGAAGCACUGCAAUGUAUGGAAUAAAUGUGAACGGCACUGAAGCACUGCAAUGUAUGGAAUAUAUGUGAACGGCACUGCAGCACUGCAAAAUAUGGAAUAUAUGUGAAAGGCACUGUAGCACUGCAAUAUAUGGAAUAUAUGUGAACGGCACUGCAGCACUGCAAUGUAUGGAAUAUAUGUGAACGGCACU